AUGUCGCCGCCGGAGAUGUCAUAUAGCCCUGCCUACCACCAGGCUCAGGGCCCCGCCGCCUCUAUCACAACUCCUUCUCCCUUGAUCCGUUCAGCAGCCUCGGAGCACCCCAAACCCUCACCUUCAAGCCCGCUGCGCUCCUCCGAUUGGAUGGCCCACGACGUGAGCCCUCGCAACUCUAUCCCGCGGGGAUCACACUCCCAUUCUUUGGAAACAUCACGGCGGGCCUCCAAAGUUGGGGACGAGGGCGUGAAGCCUGUCACCGUCACCAACGGCUCAAACAAGGAGGCACGCUCCCCGGGGAGUUGGCAGCCGUCAUUGAUGUCGGGCGAGAACACUCGUGGCCCCAAGAGAGGAGGGGUUCCCGAGGCUACACCUGAUGCUGGUCAGGAUGCGCUUCUUAUGCUGUUCCGGCUCUCCGUCCCGGUUCCACUCUUCUCCUUUGCCGCCUGCAUAUACACCUUCUUUGCAAUUAUCUUUGCCAUCCUCAUCUCGCCUCUGCGUCUCUGUUCUCUCUCCCCAUACCUCCGCAAGACUUCCUUCCGAACCCAACUAUGCGAUCUCCUCUCCCCAGUCCUCCACAUCCAUGAACGGCUCGUCUUCAUGCCAUCACCUACCUCCACCCGCUCUUCCUCUACCCAAUGGAUCCACUCCGACCCCGACAGCGAAGAACCAAUUCCGGUCGUCGAUUCCAGCAUCUUAUACUCAGUUGGCAUGUCAAUAGUUGUCUUGACCCUCUCCCCCUUCUUCAGCAUCGCUAUCCUUCUGUUCGCCUGGACAGCUGCCGCAUUCUGGGUUUUCGCUAUGGUCAUGGGCAACCCAGAUGGAACAGAGAGAAACGACGAUGGCCGUGCUGCCGUUCUGGGAGUUUGUAAAUGGUGGCGGACGUGGUUGGGUAAAUCCCGACCUUCGCCAUAA